UGGAGCGAGUGAUUAAAAAGAUUAUUAAUGAAAAUACUUUCCUAUUAGAUGUGAUGAAUUUUACGAUCGCUGUACCGGAGCAUGCAAAACUUAACUGCAGAAACAACAUAAUGAUGUCUAUACAUAACCAGCGACGUAUAAGAACAGAAAUAACACAUAUACUAGGUAUAGGUAUAGCGGCACCUAAUGCUCGUAACUUAAAUUUUGGAAACUCAAAUUUACCACAACUCGGAGAAGAGAGAAGACGUCUUACUGGAAAAGCUUUAAAACAAAUAAUUAUCCACGCGUUGGAUGGAACUGACCCUAAUGUUAUUUCACAACAAAUGUGUCGUUUCAUAGGAUUGUGGAUAAGUACGGAAAUCCUAACAUUAUAUAUGACAAAUACUUAUAUUGAUCCUGAUAUUAGUAGUGUUUGCAUUUUAAUGGAUAAAAGCAAUCACACUGUAAAAUACAGAACCUUUAACGGCACAUAUUGGCAAGUAGACGUGAAUAACAUUGAAUUACAAAUAAUAGAACUAAAAGAUCAACUGCUUGUGGAAGAGUUAUCAUGUAUCAUAGUUAGAUAAUAUUUUAG